UAAAAGCCAUUCUUAACGACUAUCAUAUCCAAAGCUUGUUUCCCCAUAUUUUAUUCCCCAAACACUGUUUUUCUCUCUCCCCCUCCCUCUCUCUCUCUAACUGUCACUUUGUUCAAAUCUGGAAGCGAUAGAGAGCUUCAAGCUAAGCCAGCGAAGAUGAACGAAUACCACAUAUACGAAGCCAUUGGUCGAGGAAAAUGCUCGACUGUGUAUAAGGGGAGGAAGAAGAAGACGAUCGAGUAUUUCGCGAUUAAGAGCGUCGAAAAAUAUCAGAAAAACAAGGUUCUUCACGAAGUUAGGAUUUUCCAUUCAUUAGACCAUCCAAAUGUUCUGAAAUUCUAUUCGUGGUAUGAAACUUCUGCUCACUUGUGGUUGGUUUUGGAGUAUUGUGUUGGAGGAGAUCUCAUGACCAUAUUACAGCAGGAUAGUAAGCUACCGGAAGAUUCAAUUCACGAUCUUGCUCAUGACAUUGUCAAAGCUUUGCAGUUCCUACAUUCAAAGGGAAUCAUAUACUGUGAUUUGAAACCAUCAAAUAUCCUAUUGGAUGAGAAUGGACGGACAAAGCUAUGUGAUUUUGGAUUGGCAAGAAAAUUGAGUGAUAUAUCAAAAACUCCUUCUUCCUCGUUGCCACAAGCAAAACGUGGAACACCCUUUUACAUGGCUCCUGAGUUGUUUGAAGAGGGAGGAGUUCAUUCAUAUGCAUCAGAUUUCUGGGCCCUUGGUUGUGUCCUAUAUGAGUGCUAUACUGGGAGGCCUCCCUUUGUAGGAAGAGAAUUUACUCAGCUGGUGAAAUCCAUCCUCUCAGACCCCACUCCACCUCUGCCAGGUACUCCCAGCCGCCCUUUUGUCAAUCUAAUAAACUCUUUACUGGUGAAAGAUCCAGCCGAAAGAAUACAGUGGACAGAGCUUUGUGGACAUGCUUUCUGGAGAACCAACUUUAGUCCAGUUUCUCUACCGCCUCAGCCUGCCUUUGCUAAUAUGAUAGAACUUUUUGCUAAGCCAUGUCUUUCAGAACGUAAUGGAGAUAAAUCUCUGCAAAACAGAACCCCUCCUAAAUCUCGUGAAAAAGAUGUAAAACGAGCUUUGAAGCAGGAUGAGAACUCUAUGGUAGGAUCAAGAGGCAAUGAGACACCUGUUAAGGGCACACCAGGUAGCCGCAGAACUCAAAUAAAGGCUUCCAGCAGAGUAGAGGAGAAACAAAAGGAUCCUUCUAGAGGUGUGAAUCUUUUAAGAUUGUCAAGAAUAGCAAAAACAAACUUACAGAGAGAGAAUGAGAAGGAAAAUUAUCGGAGGCCCAUGGCCAAUGUUUCUGAGAAUGAUUCUGAAGUUAAAAUUGAGAACACUGAUAUGGAACUUGAUUUUAACGAGAACACUGAAGAUGAUGGACAUGAUGAGCCUGAGGGAACUGAUAACCAAGCUAGUACACCUGAAGAUAAGAUAUCUAGUCAAAAUCAGUACCAGGGGAAAGUGGAAGAGAUGGAAAACAGCAGACAGCAACCAGAUGCUCAACCCGUGGCUAAUUUGCCUUCCUCGGAUGAAUCAAGAACAUUUGAACAGGAACCAUCUGCAGAACACUUUGAAGUAGCUGCAACCCCACCCAGUGUUAGCCCCCAGCUGAAAAACCAGAGAAUUAAAGAAGGUUCAGGGUCUGCACUCGACUUUGAUUCAACAAAACCGUUCAAUAACCUUCCACAGGUUCUUUGGCAUCCAUCUGAUCAAUCAGUCAGACCUGUAAUGCCCAGCAGGAAAUCUGACAAAGUGUCAGACGUGACUCAUUCACUUCCUUUUGAGGCACUGCAAGCAUCUGAAUUUGUGAAGAUGUCAAGGGAGCAAUUGGAGACACUCAACAACAGGAUCAUAUCCAUUUUUAGUGGUAACAGUAGCAUUAUGGAAAAACAAAAUGUGAUUAGAUACCUUGAAAUGUUAAGCACUAAUGCUGAUGCCGCCAAUAUCUUGACCAAUGGGCCAAUAAUGCUCAUGCUUGUCAAAAUGCUUCGACAGUCCAAGACUUCAGCUUUACGUGCCCAACUUACUUCUUUGAUUGGUUUAUUGAUUAGACAUUCUACUUUUAUUGAAGAUGAUUUGGCAAAUUCUGGAAUAUUAGGUUCACUUACUGAUGGACUUAGAGAUAAGCAGGAAAAAGUGAGGAGAUUUUCUAUGGCUGCUUUAGGUGAGCUGCUAUUCUAUAUAUCUACUCAAAAUGAGCAAACCAGAGAUAACAAUCCACUGGAAUCUCCGUCAAAGGACGGUCGAUCUGUGUCAGGCUGGCAGGUACCAAAUUCACUGAUAUCAUUGGUCUCAUCAAUUUUACGGAAAGGAGAGGAUGGUAUAACUCAACUUUAUGCAUUGAGGACAAUUGAGAACAUUUGUAGCCAAGAAGGGCACUGGGCAGCUCGCUUUACCAGCCAGGAUGUAAUAAACAACCUUUGCUACAUUUAUAGAGCUGCUGGCAAACAGGAGAGCAUGAAACUCACGGCAGGUUCAUGUUUGGUUCGCUUAGUUCGUUUCAAUCCUCCCUGCAUUCAAUCAGUUAUAGAGAAACUUUCAUUCAAGGAUAUGGCAUCUGCUCUUGUUAAGGGCAGUCUACGUGAGCAGCAAAUCAGCUUAAACCUUUCAAAUAUGGCCAUGCUUGGAAGUCAUAUGUUCACAAAUAUUGGCAGGUGCCUUUCACCACUAAUGGAGGAUAAACAUCUUGUCCCUGGUCUUGUCUCUCUUAUUGAGCAAGGAAGUGAAGUUUUGAAGGGCAAGGCACUUAUAUUUGUGGCUCUUCUUAGUAAGAAUGGUAGAAGGUGGCUGCCACAAUUUUUUUGCAAUGCAAGGUUACUCUCUGUGGUGGACAGGCUCACAAAAGAGAAGGACCACUACGUGCAGCAGUGUCUGGAAGCAUUUUUGAACGUCGUUGCAUCUACUGUACCCAGUUUACUUGAUAUCAUAACUGGAGAAGUUCAGCAAAUGAUGGGAGGAAGGCGCCAUGGGCAUAUAUCUUCCCUUACCAGUCGAUCUGCUCCAAAGACUAACAUUCAUUUAUUUCCUGUGGUUCUUCAUCUUCUUGGAAGCUCAUCUUUUAAGCACAAGGUGGUGAAUCAUCAGGUUCUGAGGCAAUUAGCAAAUCUUAUCAAACUUGUGGAGACUCCAUUUCAGGGCAGGGAUGACUUCCAAAUAACCCUUCUUAGGGUACUUGAAUCUGUCACAGAGGAGUCAACUGUAAUCCUUGAAAGCCCUGACUUAUUUAUCCGUGAAAUUCUUCCCAGUUUGGCUGUUCUUUAUAAGGGCAAUAAGGAUGGUGAUGCCAGAUUUUUGUGUCUGAAAAUUUUGUUCGAAAUUAAGGUUGUCUUUUUGAAUGAACAAUGUGAAGAUGAGCAAAGGUCAAAGGAUUUGGAGUCCAUAUCCAAUAAAUAUUUCCUCCCUAUCUACCCCUCCUUGAUUGAAGAUGAGGAUCCUAUCCCCAUGUAUGCACAGAAGCUUCUCGUAAUGCUGAUUGAGUUUGGUUACAUAAAAAUUUCAGAUAUUCUACAUCUUAAGACAAUUUCACAGUGCUUUGAGUUUUUGCUUGGGGAUCUCUCAAGUGCAAAUGUUAGUAACGUUAAGCUUUGCCUGGCUCUGGCCUCUGCUCCAGAGAUGGAAUCCAAGUUACUUUCUCAGCUGAAGGUUGUUAGAAGGAUUGGAAAUCUUCUGGAGUUUGUAUAUGCAAAGGAUAUGGAAGAUUUCCUAGAACCAACCCUUGGCCUGUGUAAGGCUUUUCUUCUACGGUCUGUGAGCAGCAGGAAAGGCUUCAUCUACACAAAAGAACCUGCUCUUUUAGGUGAUGGUUCUUCUGAAGUAAUUGGUCCCGUUGAUCAGCAGCAAGGUGUAAGAGAUAUUAUGGACUUUGGAAGCAAUGUCGGCGUCUUGCUAGAGUUAAGUGCUUCCCGUGAAGCAAAUGUGGCAGAUAUGGCUUCUGAAUGUGUUGUCUUGCUGCUGAAGGCAGCUCCUAGGGAAGCUACUACUGGUCUGCUUGCUAAUCUUCAUAGGGUCAGUGCAAUCAUUGAGUCAUGGAACAGGGGGAUUCCUCACUUAUUGGUGCAGCGGAUGCUACAUGCUAUUGGCUAUUCAUGUAAGCAGUAUCUUUCUCAUGCAAUGAUAUUGUCGAUAUCCAUACCAGAGAUUUCAAAGAUUGAAGCAAUUGUCUCUGAGCUCAAAAGUUCAGGCAUAUCUGGUUUAGCCAAUGCUGCUUCGCUAGUUGCGGUGGAGUUACAGCGCCUACCUCGUUGCAUUUGAAAUCCUAGAGGUUUUAUGUUUUGAAUAGUGCUUUUUGUUUAUCUAAUCUUUCCUUCAUAAUUGGCCAUAAUUAACCACCCCUUGAAGUCUUUCUUUACAAUUUUGAAUAGUGCUUUUUGUUUUUUGUGGCUGCGAAUAGUAUUUAGUAUGUUGAAUUGUUGCCCGUUACAGUUCUGGAUUGCACCAAAUUAAUUCAAAUUCAGUUUUAAUCAAA